GGUAUAAACUACUUUCUUUUCAGUUAUCAUGUAAUUUGAUGGAAAUAGGAAAUGUCAACCCAAAAGACUUAAACACAAUGUGAUGAUAUAACUUUCAGAUGAAAAAGACAUUUGUUUGAAAAUGGAUACACUUUUAGACUUUCUCCCAGGUGUCCCAGACUACAGCACAGUCCAUAAACCACUUGGUGCUUUAACUGAUGGCAAACAGACACAGUUUGACUGGAGUAGAUUCAAAUUUAGUCAAGAUCAGGUUGACAAAUUCUGGAAAGAUGGGUUCCUUCUCAAUGUACCAGUUUUGACACACAAGCAGUGUGAUCUUUUACUUGAAGAUUAUAAGUAUUUUUUGGGAGAGGAGAAGCACCUAGGAAUGGACAUGUUGUAUGAAUACCAUAGCAACCAGAGUGGUGACCCUGACAAUGUUCUGAUGCAUGCUCUUGGUCACUGGAGGCUUACCAAACAUUUCCAUGACCUUGCAUUUCUUCCAGAAGUUGUGGUACGUGUAUCACAGUUGUUGGAACCGUCUGGUAUUAUGUCACCAGUGAGGUUCUGGCAUGAUCAGCUGUUUGCUAAACCACCAAAACAUGGAGGCAAUGUAGCAUGGCACCAGGACUACUCAUACUGGACAAGAACUUCACCAAUGUGUCAUUUAACAGUGCACAUAGCUUUAGAUGAUCAGACAGAGGAGAAUGGAGGUUUGAAUUACAUACCAGGCUCACACAGAUGGACCAGAAAUGGCGGGAAUCCAUUGCCUGUGACAGAUUUUAACUUCAAAGACAUGGAAUCCAUCAAGACAAUUCUAACAGAGGAAGAGAAGGCCAACUUUAAGCCAGUUUGUGGUAAUUUGAAGAAAGGGGAAGCAAGUUUUCAUCAUGCUCUAGCAGUACAUGGUUCCUAUGGUAACAGAUCCAGCAAGCCUCGUAGAGCUGCUGUGCUGAACUACUUCAAAGACGGCGUCUGCUCCAGUACUGACGAUGAGUUGCUGAAAGGAAUAAAAAUUACCAAGGGACAGAAGAUGGAAGGACAGUUUUUCCCAUUAGUGUUUGAUCCAGAAUGGAUGUAGACUGUAGAAAUGAAUAAAGAUAUGAGCCACGCCAUGAGAAAACCAGCAUAGUGUAUUUGCGACCAGCAUGGAUCCAGACCAGCCUGCGCAUUCACGCAGUCUGGUCAGGAUUCUUCCUGUUCGCUUUCAAAGCCUAUUACAAUUAGAGAAACUGUUGGUGAACAGCAUGGAUCCUGACCAGACUGCGUGGAUGCGCAGGCUGGUCUGGAUCCAUGCUGGUCGCAAAUGCACUAUGUUGGUUUUCUCAUGGCGCGGCUCAAUUAUAAUAACUGCUAGUGCUUUAGAGCUCUACUUGAUACAAGCAAAAAUACUUUUGUGGUACUAAAUGUUUCUAACACUCUUGCUUAGAUGUCUAAAAAUAUGAACAACAUAUACAUUGCUGUUUUAAAAGUUAUUUACCAUUUUCAAAAAUGGAUGGCAGACAAUAAACACUCAGAUAUGCAUUAUAUUUGACAGGUUAAUUUCAGAGUAAAAAGUGUGUUCUAAAGAUACUAUACUGUACUAUACAUGUAUAAUUAUGAAAUUGUAAGAUGUAUGUAAUUGUAAUAUAAGUAAGUAAGUAAAGUUUUUAUUUACAGAG